AUGUUGUCUCGUACCAUUGCCACUGCAAGAACUUUGCCAAGAUCAAUUAAUCUAAUUUCCAAACGUACUUACGUUGAAGCUGUUGAAAAUGCUCUAAAAUUACAAUUUUCUUUACCUCACGAAACAUUAUACUCUGGAGUUAAGGUCAACCAAGUUAACUUACCUGCGCAAUCCGGUAAGAUGGGUAUCCUUGCCAACCAUGUCCCAACCAUUGAACAAUUAUCUCCAGGUGUUGUUGAAAUCCUUGAAGAAAACUCUAAUACAGCAAAGAAAUAUUUCAUCUCUGGUGGAUUUGCCACUGUUCAACCAAAUUCUGUAUUAAGUAUAACUGCAGCUGAAGCAUUCCCAUUAGAAUCAUUUUCUCCUGAACAUAUCAGAACUUUGCUAACGGAAGCUAAAGGUAAACUAGCUGACUCAGAUGCAGUUGUUGCUGCCGAGGCUGCUAUCACCGUAGAGGUCCUAGAACAACUAGAAGCUGCUACAAAAUAA